UCAUAUGUUUGGCUGAAACAAAGGGUUCGGAGCGGAAACAGUUGACCGAAGCAGUCGUUUGUAAGCAUGUUUGCUGCCGACUUCGGCACACAAAGCUUCUAAUGGAAUUAACUUGCACCAAUUGUCCUCACGCUGCCUCUAUUCGGGCUAUCUUCCCGACAAACUGUUGCAAUUGCUCAAGUCACACCUAUCUGCUCUCUCAAAUUGAGACCGCUGUAAGUUCAAGACCAACACCUUCAGCUCAUAUGCAACUAGCGUAGCUCCCGAUCAACUAAGAUGGACGAGGGGGAGGCAAGCGCGCUGCCGCAGAGGCACAAUGCCCGACGACGAAUGCGACAGCAGCAGCAGGAGAGGGCGGAGGAGCCAGACGAGGCUGGCACUUCAUAUGGCGCACACGCACCCAACGCCGGUGCUGGUGGCAGUCAGGGCGGCCCGGCGGACGUCAAAGGGCCAUCGUACGGCGGUGACGAGGACAAGGACGAUGAAGGUGGCAGUGGUGGUUUCGGUAACCCUGACGAGUAUGGCUUUAAAGGAGCAGGUUGCGAGGCAGCAUACGUUCAGGGAGGCGGGACGGACGACGGCGACGGCGAUGGUGAGGAGCAGCGGCGGCGGCGUCCCAGGUCUGAUGAUGGCGACCUACCCGCCUAUCGCUCUGCAGCCGUAGGAAACUUCAAGUUUGAGUAUCUGGAUCACACGGCGGAUGUGCAGCUGCACGCAU